UUUCCAAGGGAGGGAGCAGCUCAGCUCGCCAGCCAAGAGGGACCCCCAAAUCCUCCUGCUUUGGAGAGGGAGAGAAGGGGCGCUCGGCUGGCCAAGGGUUAAGAGGAGCGGAGCUGCCUUCCUAGAGCGGACAGGAAAAGAAGGGGAAGCUGGCAGGUCCUCCCGAGCCCAAGCCCCGCCCUCUGCAGCGCCUUCCUUGCUCAGGAGGAAGGGAUCUGCCCGCUCUCCUCUGGGAUCUGAGUUCACUGUGCUGUGAAGGUGUCAUUGUUCGAUUCCGGGGUGAGGAGUGGGCGUUGCUGGACCCUGACCAGAAAGCUCUGCAUACAGAAGUCAUAGAGGAGAAUAAUAGGUGAUAAUUGUGGGAUCAUGGCCUCUCUUGGGUCCUUCAUCAGUAAUACAGCAGCUUUCUGUGAAUAUCCUCAUCAGACCAGCGUCGAGGACUUGAAAAUACAAAAUAAAACAAGGACAAAAAUAGAACUAACAAAAAAAAUGGAGUAAAGCUACAAUGGUGAUGAAUCAGAAAUGAAGAACAAGGGAGACCAUGAUGAAAUCCCCACAGAGGAGAAACCAAGUAAAUAUUUGGAAUGUGGAAAGAGCUUCAAUCAAAGCUCCCAUUCAACUUCACCUCGAAGAAAUCCCAUUGGGAAGAAACCCUACCAGUGCUUGGAAUGUGGAAAGAGCUUCUGUCGGAGGGGCCAUCUCAUUAUUCAUGAAAGAAUUCAUACUGGGGAGAAACCAUAUCAGUGUGAGGAAUGUCAAAAGUGCUUCAGUCACAGGUCCAGCCUCACUACCCAUCAAAGACUUCAUACAGGGGAGAAGCCUUAUCAGUGCUUCGAAUGUGGAAAGAGCUUCAGUCAAAAGUUCCAGCUCAUUUCCCAUCAACGAAUUCAUACACGGGAGAAACCUUUUCAAUGCCUGGAAUGUGGAAAGAGCUUCAGUCACAGGUCCAGCCUCAUUUUCCAUCAAAGAAUUCAUACAGGGGAGAAACCUUUUCCACACUUGGAUUGUGGAAAGAGCUUCAAUCAAAGCUCCCAUUCAACUUCCCAUCAAAGAAAUCCCAUUGGGAAGAAACCGUAUCAGUGCUUGGAAUGUGGAAAGAGCUUCACUCGGAGCGGUCAUCUCAUUAUCCAUGAAAGAAUUCAUACAGGGGAGAAACCAUAUCAGUGUGAGGAAUGUCAAAAGUGCUUCAGUCACAGGUGCAGCUUCAUUUCACAUCAAAGAAUUCAUACAGGGGAAAAACCUUAUCGGUGCUUGGAAUGUGGAAAGAGUUUCAGUCGGAGUGAUCUACUCACGGUCCAUCAAAGAAUUCAUACAGGGGAAAAACCUUUUCAGUGCUCGGACUGUGGAAAGAGUUUCAAUCAGAGUGCCACCCUUGCUGCCCAUCAAAGAAUUCAUAAAAAACCAUAUCAGUGCUCAGAAUGUGGAAAGAGCUUCAAUGAGAGCACUAAACUCACUUCCCAUCAGAUUAUUCAUAGAGGGGAGAGACCAUUUCAGUGCUUGGAAUGUGGAAAGAGAUUCACACAGAAGGCAGGUCUCACUUCCCACCAAAGAACUCACUCCUGGGAGAGCCCAUAUAAAUGCUUGGAAUGUGGAAGGAGUUUUAGUCAGGACUCCCAUCUCAUUUCCCAUCAAAUAAUUCAUACAAUGGAGAGACCAUAUAAAUGCUUGGAAUGUGGAGAAUGUUUUAGUCAGGAGUCCUUUCUCACUUCCCAUCAAAGAACUCAUAGCGGGGAGAAUCAGAUUCCCCUUGAUUCAUUGAAUUGUUGCAUUGGGUUGGAUGGUGAGUCUCAUCUGCUCGAACCCCCUGCAAUGCAGGAUUUUCAAGAAAAGAAUUCAUGACAGAUGACCAUCCAACUUUUGCUUAAAACCCUUCCAAUUCAAGAAGAGUCCACCGCCACCUGUACUUGUUUGUUCCACAGUCAAACAGUUCUUGCUGUCAGAAAGUUCUUCCUGAUGUUUCAUCAGAUUUUCCUUACUUGUAUCUUGAAUGCAUUGGUUUGGGUCCUUUCACCAGAACAGGAAAAAGCAAGUUUGCUCAAUCUUCCAUGGCACAACCCUUUAGAUAU